AUGAGGUCGCAGCAGUCCUUGGAAGAUGCCGAGUGGCACUUGUGUCUCUGCAGUCUGCACUCUGAGAAACUCAAACUCUUCUGUCUGGACCAUCAGCAGCCAUUGUGUGUUGUCUGCAGAGAUUCGGAAAAACACACCAAGCACAGAUUCAGACCCAUCGAUGAAGCUGCUCAGCAACACAAGAAGAACCUUCAGGAAACUCUGGGACCUUUAAAGAAGAAGCUGGAGCUCAGGAAGAAAGUUCAGGAGGAGUUUGAUCAGACAGCAGAACACCUGAAGGUCCAGGCCCGACACAGAGAGAGGCAGAUUAGGGAGCAGUUUAAGCAUCUUCAUCAGUUUCUAGCAGAGGAAGAGGAGGCCAGGCUGGCUGCACUGAAGGAAGAAGAGGAGCAGACGAGAGGGAUGAUGAAAGAGAAGAUGGAGGCUCUGAGCAGAGAGAUAGCAGCUCUUUCAGACACAGUCAGAGCCACAGAAGCGGAGCUGAGAGCUGCAGAUGUCUCAUUCCUGCACAACUACAAGGCUGCAGUGGAAAGAGUCCAGCACUGCCCCCUGCUGGAGGAUCCACAGCUGCCCUCAGGAGCUCUGAUAGACCAGGCCAAACAUCUGGGCAACCUGGCCUUCAACAUCUGGAGCAACAUGGAGAGCAUGGUGACCUACACUCCUCUGGAUCUGGACCCAAACACGGUUGGUCCAAACCUACAUCUGUCCGAAAAUCUGACUAAUGGGAGAAAAGGAGAGGAUCAGCAGCUUCCUGAUAAUCCAGAGAGAUUUGAUUUAUGGCGGCAUUCUGUUCUGAGUUCUGAGGGUUUUAACUCGGGGAACCACAGCUGGGAUGUUGAUGUUGGAGACAGUUCAAACUGGGAACUUGGUGUGUUAGAAGAGUCUGUUCAGAGGAAGGGAUUCAUACGGUCUGGAUUUUUGGUUUUUGGGUUAUCUUCAGGUAAGUACUCAGCAUAUUCUCCACCAGCUCCUCCCACACAUCUCUCAGUCCAAAAGAAUCCUCAGAGGAUCAGAGUGAAACUGGACUGGGACAGAGGAAAGCUGUCCUUCUCUGAUCUGGAUACUAACACACACAUACACACCUUCACACACACCUUCACUGAUAAGAUGUUUCCAUUCUUCUCCACUGAUAAAACAUUAAAGAUCGUACCGAUGACAAUCUCAGUGAUCAAGCAGCAGCUCUGAUGAUCUCAGCAUGAAGAACACAAAGUCCAAAUAAAAAUGUAUUGAUCAGAUUGAAGCUCUGAGUUUUAAAGAGGAAACUGGAGAUAAUCUGAUCAUCUGGAGACUUCUUCAUCUCUGACUUUCCAUGUAUUGUUUCCAUUAAAGCAGAAAUUAAUGUCAAUAUGUGAAUGCAGUCUAUUUUUAACUGCUUAGUGAUAAAACUGAACUACUGAAUGCAUCUGAAAU